AUGAUAAACAAAGUAGACGCGCAUAAAACGUGCGAAACGUACAAAACGCACAAAACGUACAAUGGGCCGCCAAUCCACUUGAGCAGGUGGACCACGUGGAGGAAGACAGCCAGGCGGAUUCCCCGUAGGAACGUCCAUGGCGCACAUAACAGGGUCAAAGACAGCCACGUUGUAAAGGAAAGAGAAAGUGAAACAAUCGAAAUGAACGGAGUAGUAGACCAGUGUCUAGCCAACACCAACUUUGUGGUUCGCAUCCCAAAUGGAGAGACCUUCUUAUGCUUCAUCUCUGGGAAGCUCAGAAUCAAUAAGGUGAAAAUUAACCUCGGCGACAUGGUCAAAAUACAGAUACAUAAGCUCAACUUUGAGAAGCGCAGGGGGAAAAUUGUCUUUAGGUAUCUGCAGCAUGCCGCGCUGGGGGGGAAGAAGUGA